AUGACUUUGCUUCUGAUGCUAGUGAAUGAGUUGCUUCUACAGAUAUUCAAAGAACUUGAUGAUAUAGAUGAUAUCCUGCAUCUUGGACAAACAUGCAAGCACCUAUACAAUUUACUGAAGUUUAGUCACAAUCAGGUAGAGGUGUUCAAGGCUGUGAUUCUCCAUGCUGAACAUCACAAGUACAACCUCCACCUAUGCUAUCUGAUAGAGAAAUCACCACCUGCAUCAAGCCAACCACAAAGCUCUGUUUUCUGGAGGUUGUAUGCAGCCUCAGAGGACACCCUGUCUGAUGACUUUACAUGGUGCAUUGUCUGCCAUUGGCAGGGUCUGCAACUUCUCAAGGAUCUCUACCUAAACCAGUCAAUCCACUCUGUAUUCUGCUGUUUGAUCUUCCCUUAUGAUGAUGAACACAUCAGCAACAAAAACACACAGUAUAAUAUAUGUAAUACACUAGCAGCAGAGAAGCCUCUGGCAAAGCUAUCAAUCAAGACAUUCCAACAGUCCAGGACUCUAUUCAACUUCAGGCAAACACAGCAAUUCUAUCAGGUUUUGACAGCUCAUUGGUUUGCUGUUGAGGCCUUGUGUUUAGCUCAAGUAUCAGCAUACCCCACAGUGUCAGAGCAACUUAAGGUUUUUGCUCAGAUAGCAGUUAUUUGGCAGGAGGGUCACAGCAGGACACUCUCAGAAUUCUUGAAUAUGGUGGAAAUAUGCAACUUUGUGUGGGGAUUCCUGGGUCAAAAGAUAUUUAGCGACAUUCAAGACUGCCCAUCAUGA